CUUGGACCACCUCAAAAAUCCCCCAGAAAGCACUGGAAAGCUGGGCAGAGGCAUCGCUGGGGCAACAUGCUACCUUUGUGACCCAGAGUGCAAGAGAAUGGAUGGACGUACAAACAGAUGCAUCAACAGAGGGUUUCUUAAAAAGGGGGUAAGCUACAGGAUUUUCAAAAAAGGAAAUGACAAAUCUGGAAGACAGUGAACAGGUGACAUCAGUUUAAAUAUGAAGACCAACUGUCUGAAACUCAGAUUUCUAAACAAGGUGAGUAAAGAGUCUGCAAGGCAGGUGGAUGUUUUAAACAGUGUAACAGUGCAUAUUAGGGUUGCAAAGGAAAUUUCAUUGAGAUGGUCAAGAGUUUAGUCGGACAAAAUUAGGCUCACUGGAUCCAGAGUUGAAAUGGCGAUGGAUCUCUGGUUAAGUUGGUGAAAAAUUUUAGAAAGUGUUCUUUUUUCUCUCAUUCAACACUGACCAGGUGAGGGACCAAUCAUAGGUUUUGCAGAUCUAAACAAGACUAUGAUUAUAAGUAUGAUUAACAAUGAGCUCUGAAAAGAAAGAUUGCUGUGCCUCUUUGACUGAACCCUACAUGAAGAUCAGAUGUUUAAGAGCACUAAGGGAAAUACUUCACUGCUCCUUUCUCAACUUUAGUUCUGCUUGCCUGGAUUGCCUCUUGAAAAUCCUUCACUCCUUCCUCAGGAAAGGCAGACAGAAGGUUUUUAGCCUUUUAUACCUAACAGAAGAUGCUGUAUCAGGAGCUGCUAAUUCCAACUAUAUCAUCUACGAAGAGGCUGUGUUCACUGCCAUCAAGACUUGGAUCAGAGGAAGUAAAAGCUUCAUGGAAACUAGGAACAGAGAUUGGAUUUAGGAGACAUGAGAGGGUAUAGGGACUUUGGUGUCAAUAUAACACUGUAUUCAUAUUUCUUAGCAUGUCUCAUAUUUUUUAGAACAAACUGUUGACCAAGGAGCACCCUGGUUCUUCGGUUUUGUAGCCGUGACCUCUGAUUACAUAAUAAAGACUUCUUGGAUACAGAGCAGGCUGCAUCAGGGUAAACAUAAGAUUCCCUGUGAAAAUGGUGGAAACUAGGACCCAGGGAAGACUUAGGUCUAGAUGUGGGACAGUGGCGCGUGUGUCUAUUUGAAGCAAGAGAAAAAAAAAACACAAUCACACACAAUACAAUGUGUGACUGUCACAGCCAAACACAGCACAGGACAGGAAUGACAGUGUUACUGGAGGUGGGAUGAGAAGAGAGAGAGAGAGAGAGAGAGAGAGAGAGGAAGCACCAUAUCUAAAAAUUACCCUGGAUUUCUUGAUCACCAUUUCUUUGAAUAAAGGUAAACACGUGUGACAUAUCUGGACCUCUGGAGGCGAACCAAACCCAUGACACUGGAGUUUAUUGGACUGGACACCAAUGAUAAACAGUUUCAGAACUGAUUAUUUUCCUUUUAGGAAGGAAACACAGGGAAAAGUGAAACACACGGUUUAUCAGUUUGCUUUGACCUGCAUCACACAGACUGGAUAAUGGGUAAGUAGUUUUUGUUGUUGUUUUUGCAAAUAUGUGUGAAAAAAAAAUCACAAAUUUACAUAAAAAUGUACUUGUGUCAAAUACUAAAAGAUCUCAUGUUUUUGUCUUGUAGCUAGUGAAAAAAAUCCUUUCUUCAUGUCCCAAAUAUUAAGUUUAGUAAAUGUCAAAACAAGAGGACAGCAUAUUAACAACAGACUUAAUUAUUUUGCAUUUCAUAUUUAUUUAUUUAUUUAUUUAUUUUGCAGACUUCUUUUAUUUAUUGAUUUACUUUUUUUUUUCUCCAAGAGACAUUCUUAUCUCAAGAAACUAAACAUGUAUUAUGUACUUCCCCAAUUGGUGUAUUUCUGUACUUUUUACUUAAGCGAUUUGGAUCCUAUACAUGAGGAAAAACCUUUGCGUAGUUUGGAUUUUUGCAAUGUAUUUAGGAUAAAAUAGCACUUUGUUGUACACUACAGAAAAGAUGAAUUUCAACUUUUGAAAACACUUUUGAAGACAGGGGUAGAAAAUGUCUUUGAAUUAUUUCAACUUGAUCACUUCCUCCUUAAAAAAUCUGUGACCAGGUUUUGCAGCUAUAUUGUUCUUGUGUCCAGAGUUUGACCAGAUGUAGCGGUUUACUUUAUUCGUGCAACUUCUUGACCUACACUUUUCUAAAAAAAUUAUUUAUUUUUGACAAAUGGAGUCAUGGAUAAAAUGCAUUGGAAAGCUGAACGUAAUCCUUUUUUUACCACAAAAAAUCAGAAAGAAGAGGUGUGCUUCAGACCUCUUGUAGGAUUAACCUUUACAUUACCAAGCUGAGCGUGAUUUUUCUCUUUACACACUGGUGUUUGUUUAUGCAUACAACAUGCAAGCUGGUGUCCAAUAUGUCUAAUUAGAGAUUACAUUUUCUUCAUAAUAUGGGAAGGGGGGAUGAUUAAUUUUACAAGUAGCAGGAAACAGCUUUGUGUGUUAAAUUGGUCUGUAAUUCUGCUGCUUUUUUCUUUCUUCUCAACACAGGGCUACCACAUAAGAUCCCUGAGAAUCAAAUGAGAGAUACUUUGAAAGAAUAAUGGCUGACAAAACUGGUCCGAUGAUACCCUCUGUGCCAAACCACUCAUUGACAAAUCACUCCACCACCCCAUGGGAGCCUGAUCCUACUGUUCCUGCCAAUGUGGGCAUUGUCACCAGCUCCCAGUCCCAGAUCAAAGACCUGUUCGGGCUGUUCUGCAUGGUGACCCUUAACCUUAUUGCUCUGUUGGCCAACACCGGUGUGAUGGUGGCCAUUGCUCGUGCCCCACACUUGAAGAGGUUUGCUUUUGUGUGCCACCUUUGUUCCGUGGACCUGCUGUGUGCCAUCCUCCUCAUGCCUUUGGGGAUCAUAUCCAGUUCACCCUUUUUUGGCACUGUGGUUUUUACAGUCCUAGAGUGUCAGGUUUACAUCUUCCUUAAUGUGUUCCUCAUCUGUUUGUCCAUUCUCACCAUCACAGCCAUCAGUGUUGAGCGCUACUUCUACAUCGUACAUCCCAUGCGUUAUGAGGUCAAGAUGACUAUCAACCUUGCCAUCGGGGUCAUGCUCCUAAUCUGGGUGAAGUCACUCAUUCUGGCUCUGGUCACAUUGUUUGGGUGGCCCGCUUAUGGACCUCAGAGUUCUAUAGCUGCAGCUCAUUGCUCUCUCCAUGCUAGCCACAGUCGAUUAAGAGGAGCGAUUGCUGUGCUCUUCAGUGUGGUCUGUUUCCUGGUCCCUGCUGUGGUUAUCUUUACUGUAUACUGUGCUGUGUACAAGGUAGCUCGUUCUGCAGCCCUACAGCAAGUCCCUGCUGUGCAAACAUGGGCCAAUACGAGUCCUGAAAAGAAUCGUUCAGACUCCAUCAAUAGUCAGACCACCAUGAUCCACACCACUCGUAGUCUCCCACAACGACUUUCUCCAGAAAGGGCCUUCAGUGGCGGCAAGGCAGCUCUGACUUUGGUGUUCAUUGUGGGUCAGUUCUUGGUUUGCUGGCUACCAUACUUCACCUUUCACUUACAAAUGUCCCUAACUGGCUCCAUGCAUAGUCCCGGGGACUUAGAAGAGGCAGUCACCUGGUUGGCCUACUCCUCCUUUGCCGUAAACCCUUUCUUCUACGGGAUGUUAAACAGGCAGAUCAGAGAAGAGCUGGUGAAAUUCAGACGCUGCUGCUUGACUCAGCCAGCAGAGUUUGGAGCAUCCAGCCAUGAGGGAUCCCUUCAGGAGAACUUCCUGCAGUUCAUCCAGAGAACCAGCAGCACAGCUGAGACCACGUCAAACUCUGUCAACUCACGUCCCAGAAACACUUCAGACCAGCGGGCGAAAAUCCCAGGACAAAUACCAGAGGAUAACACCUAGACACUGACCAAGACUAAUGGACAACAGUGCUAACAUUACUGUAUGCAUUAUGUGAGUUUAAUAUAUAUUUGCAGGGUUUUUUGUCCUGUGGGAUAGGUUCCUGUGAAUUCUAUCUUCAAACCAUACAGCUAUGCAGGUAUGAUUAUUUAUUGUUUAUCUUACGCAGAUAUUUCAAUAAGAAUUGAUCACCUCAUGGCCAAUAUUGAAAAAGAGACAACUGUAGCAACAUAUUGGAGAUGUCAGCUUGUGAGUAUGAGGGUUUGCUGGUGGCUAGGAGAACUCUGUCCUCUUCCUUCCACCUUAUCAAACAAAACCAAAACCAGAACUUGACUGUACCUCAUUUUUUUUUUUCAGUCAAGACACAUCAUCAACAAGAACCGAAUACACUUUUGGACAGAGCAACAAAACAUGAUACAGCAUUAUGCCCUCAGGCUUGGUGGCUGGUUCCAACAAACAAUUUAGCUGGCAUGAGAUUCAAAAAGGCUCCCUGUUUCAUGUCAACAUGAUUUCGUGGCAAACACCUUUUGUUGAUAUAUAACAGAAACUUCUUUUCAGCGUUUCAACAAUGAACUCUUUAUGUGCCCCAUCAGUGGCAGCCAUCUUGGUUGUUAAAUGCUCAAACCAACCCCAUACUGGAUGUGAUUGGCUUGAGCUCAAACUAGCCUGAUAAAAACCUGAUAAAAAAAAGAGAGCGUGUUUUGCUUGGCUGUUGUACCAGCCUUUACGAUAUACAUACAGUACAUGUUGUCAUGUUGGUACUUUUUAAAAGGAAGACCUGAUUUAUAUUUAUACUACACACCUUACAUAUUUAUUGUCCUUUACUGCCCAAUCAAGCAUGCUUUCUCAUUAAAGGUAAGGGUGCUGUCUACUUUAAUGUAACAGGAAAUACUGAUAUACUGUAAUUGUCUCUCUGUAAAUUUGAAUGACCUGAUUUUAUUGAUAUACGUUGAAAUUUACAAAUCUGGACACCAACUUUAUAAUCAGAUGGACAUUGAAAAUAAAAUAUUAAUUUGUAUUAUAAGAAUAUUUGUUGGUUACACUGUUUUAUUUUUAAUGUCAAUAGAUAAGUUUGAAUGUGAGACAUUGUUAAACCACGUAAUGUAUUAAAUUUGAAUGAUGUCAAGAACUUGUUAUUUAUAUCUACGUAAUAACAUGAUAUAUGCCCACAAUGUUUCCACAGAAUGAUCCUCCAGAGUCUUGCUAAUCAAAUGGGUCUCAGCAGUCCUCUGUGCAGCAAAUAUUGUAUAAGCCUACAUGCUGAAUGUCAUCUGCUCAUGUUGUCAUGGAAAUCAAGUGAGCUGUGACUCACAUAGCAACUGAGACCCUCGGACUAAAUGUAUGCUUUAGCCUCAGAUUUCAAUUUAUAUCUUGUAAUGGGCGUCAUGCCUUUAAGUCCGGGCAAAACUCUUUAGCAUGUGAAUAGAGGCUGAUUAUAAAAAAGCACCAGUGUCUCAUUAUAUGGACUGCUAAGAUCUGGUGAGACAGGGACAUGAUCUUUACAGCAGCAAUCAUUACUGGGCAUUGAUAAUGUUCUGAGAGUGGAGACAAAGUGACGUUUUAUGGCCCCUGGUGUUUGAAUUCAUCUUUCACAAACAGAACAAUAGAUGAAUAACCAAGAAUAGAGUGGUCAAAGCAAAUAACAGCAAAUACCAUUUUGCUGUGUAGCUUUCACUAACCAGGUUGUACACCACUCUUACGUAACUGUGGUUGUGUGUUCAGUACUGCAAAGAUAAGGAUGCUUAACAAAAACAUACACAGCAGUGAAACGUGCAGGCUGUGGGUCUUUUCUUUUUCUUGUUAUUUUGUAUACUCUUAUCAUUUUUUCUAAUGGUUGCUGUAAAACAAUCUGCUGGUUCUAUUUUACAUUAUUUAUUCAGUUCCUGAGAACAAAAGGAUGUGAAGUCAUUCAUUAAGAAGUUGUAAAACAACAUUACAUGUGCUGAGAUUUGAAUUUCAUGAGCCUUUGUCUUUGUACAAUGGUCAAAUGGAGCUAUUACAGAACCUUAUCUGAAUAUAUUAGCUAGAUUGGUAAAACAGAAAUGAUCACAAAUAAGGUCACUGGAUGGCCAUCAUCCUCUUGUUACCUGCCCAGACUUUUGAAUCAUUUCUUACCUGGCAUAUUACAUUCAGAGCUACAUAUUAUGAGCCUGUGUUAAUUGUUUAAUAAAACAGAUUAAACAGAAAAACCUUGAGUAAAACAGAAACACUUUCCACAGCAGGUGCUGCUUGGCUUUUUACACACUUCUUUCUUUCACACAGUCCCAGUUUGAACUUUGAAAUCUGCUUGUCUGACACACAAGUGGAGAUUACACAAUGUAUGGAUUAAAGAAGACAGUGGCAACAAGGUCAGUAUUUCUGGCAGGUGUCUGUACGGAUUGUUCAAAGAGGAAUUUUAUCUCUGAAACACUGCCAAAAUUCGGCUCAAAGUCCCAAAUCAAAGGCACAGAAAAGACUCAGACAUGUCAGCAACCUUUAAUGUCCAUUCUAGUUUGCAAGAAAUAAAAAAACAGUGGUGAAAUUUUGAGUGUCCGUACAGCAAAUGCUCACAUGUUUGAUUGAGUAUCACAGAAUAGAAAACAGAAUAAAAUUCCCCUGAGUAGUCAGGUUACAUCAGUGGAAAAUUUUAUAAAAAAAUUAUGAGAUAAUUAACAAAGUCGCAAGAGAGGACCUGCGACCCACAGGCUCAGGUUAGCUCCUGGACAUUCAUUAUGGGUGUCUGGAAUACUUAGUGUCUCAAACUAUCCAACCAUUAUUGAAACCUCUUUAUAUAUAUUUUAGAAAAACUUGAAAUCUCAGCACAUCCAAGUAAAGCUUCAUGAAGACUGUCAAUAUAACAGAUGUUGUCAUAUCAGUUGACGUCACACUUCUAUUUGACAUUACAUGGUUUUUAUUUUAUCAACCUACAAGUACAAAUACAACGCAGCAGUGAUUACAUUUGUGUUCUUAAGAUUCCAAAGUCCAUCCAGAUAGCAUGUAUUACAGAAUUUAACAAAACACAAUAUUUCGAAUUUUGUCAAUUUGAAAAAAAUGCACUAUACAGCUAAAGAUGUUUUGGACAUAUCUACAUUUUCGAGAAUAAUCUUAAGACACAAUACACUACACAAUAUCAGGUCUUCUUGAUCACCAUAGUAACCACACACACACACACAUAUACAUGCACGUACACACACAGACACAGACAUUGUUAAUCAUCAGCUCAUCAGAGCCUGUCUCCACUCCACUUCCACUACUGCACAUAAACUGUGAAUAAACAAGCACUUUGUUUUUCUCAUUCACUCUGAGAAAAUGAGCUCUUUGAGCAUGUUAGCAGGAAAUUAGACUGAUUAAAUCACCUUUGUUGAGAAGAAUUAUUUAUCAGUGGAGAUAUUUCAGAAACCAACAGCAUUAGUUUCCAAGUGUCACCAACAGAGUGCGCCGUGUGGCAGUAGUUCCCCCCCUUCCCUCUUUGAGAGGACAAACCUGACGUGAGAAUUUCAAGGAAUUUUCAACAAACAAACGUUAGGCUGCCAAACGAAAUGUUAUGCUUCCCUCUAAAUGUGAAUGAUGUCUCAAUCAGAUAUUGGGCUCAGAUUGCUGCCUGUUUGUGAAAUGUGUGUGAUCGGUGUAAAUAAACAACUUAUUACUGAGCACAAAAUGAUCUGCAGUCAUAUGAAAUCUUCAUUACAGUCACAUGCAGAGGUCAGCCGGGUUUAUUCAAUGACGGCAAGUUUUAUUUUACAGAAUUUUUAAGGAAGUAAAUAAUAGAUACACAAGGCCACAAUGCUUGUGCAGUAGUCACAAAUUUUACAUGAGACCUCCCAGUCAGUGUUUUCUAUAGGAGGAGUCUAAAGUGUACCAUAGCUGUGUAAAAACAGACGGCUCCUUGGUUCUCAUAUUAAUACUCGUUUUCAAUUAAACCGUGCCUGUCAGACGGAUAGCUCGUGCUGAUUAGGAAUGAUCAGAUAUGGCUUUCUCUCUUUGCUUAUUCAGCACAGUGCUCAGUUUUUGGUCUUGAUUGUCUUUCACUGUUCUUCUUACAGUAUUUUAAAAUGCAGAGCACAGUAUGGAAAUCAGGCAAUCAGUUUUCUCAGCACCAUACUACAUAAAGAACUUGUUGCUAGGUUAAUUUAAGGGUUAGGUCCAGAUCGAGAGCUUGAUAAUAAACUAAAGGGUUGGUGAUAUGCAAUCAAGUGUUAAAGAGAGUGUCAGUGAUAGAGUUACAAUCAAUAGAAACAUAUUUCGGUAACACUUUACUUAACACCUAUCUCUAUAAAGCAUUAUAAAUAUAUGUAUAAUGCGUUAUAAUCACGUGAUAGCACUGUAUAAGUAUAGUUAUAAACACUCAUAAAUGAUCAUAAUGCUUUAUAGCAAUAAUCAUAACACAUUAUAAAGCAUUUCAUCAUGACUUACAAGGUCCGGUAUUAUAAUGUGUUAUACUCAUUGUUUUAAAGCAUUAUUAUUCAUGAGUGUUUAUAAUGAAAGUUAUACAAGUUUAUACGCAAAUUAUAACACAUCAUAAAUUUAUGUAUAAUGCAUUAUCUAUGUGGGCAUUGUCAGUGAGUUGUGAUCAUUUAUGAGUGUUUAUACUUACAGCUAUACAGUGCUAUAACAUCAUUAUAACACAUUAUGCAUAUAUUUAUAAUGCAUUAUAGAGAUAGGUGUCAAAUACAGUGUUACAGAAGUAUAUUUCUAAAUAAAUGUUAAUGGUGCUGUAAUUCUGCUGAUUGUGAUACAAGAUAAACACAAAUAACUCAACUCUACUGAGAAGGAAAAGCGCUCACUGCUUGUGUUCUUUUCUGAUGAUACAUGUGGCCUUUCGCUUACAACAAGAGCCACCGCACAGGGUUAUCAUCUGGGCACUUCCUCUCACCUGCGUCACUAAGUUCAGCCUGCAUCACCUUAAGGAGGCUAAAUGAUUAGCUCCUGGAACCACCCCCCUCUGGGAUAACUCUCACCUUCCACCACUGAGAGAAGAGUGUAAGAUAACUGAAAGAAGACAUGGAAGAAAGGGCCAGGGCAAGAAGCUUGUUUGGGCAAGACUUUACCCCUGCUGGGUAAGGCUGUAUGCUAGACAUCAUACCUACUCCCCCACUCUAAUACAGGAUAAGAGGAGAGAGACAGUGGAGAUGAGUCUAUGGAAAGUUGUAAGAAAGAAGACAGAGAUGGCAGAGCCGAGGUGAGAAAUCUGUUUGAGUUGGAGCUCUCCCCUGUCGGGUGAGGCAGCACACCCCACCUACCCGCUACUUCAAGGAGAACAAAACAGGACCAGAAACAGUAAAAAAAAAAAAAAAGAAACAAACACUUUUCACACCGUUUUGUUUUUGCCCCCAACUGAUGCUGUUUCUUUUGAUUUGGAUACGCUGACUUGUUUUUAUUGCUUUCUCCAAUAAAAUAACCGGCAAACAAUUUCAGCUCCACAGAAUCAGAAUCAGGUUUAUUGCCAAGAAGGUUUCCAACCAAGGAAUUUGUCUUAGUGUUCUCGUGUUAAAUCAAUGAACAUGAACGAGGACAGACAAAUAUAACAUUAAAAAUAAAGACGUUUACAUUUGUGAAAAAGCAUAAAUCUUUUUCAUAACAGUAAUAUGACUGCCAGGGGACCUUAAAUGGAAGAAGAUACAAGCAUAAAAAAUUUUAUAAAACUACAUAAAGCAAAAUCUAGAUGAAAUACUGUAAAUGGCAAAUUUGUGCUUUUGUA